AUGUCACAAAAGGUGGAACCCCCAGCCCGCCGCCAAAUGAGGGCAGCAUUGAGGGACUUGGCGCUCAAGAUCAAGAGCCUGGCAGUUGAUGAACUAGACCUACAGCAAUUGGAGAACCUCAAUGUUCGAGUCGACCUUAUGUCGCUGGACCAAGCUUCACCACACAAACCAUCUUAUUUUGCCCCCUUGGCAGACCACUCAAUCCCCGAUCCCAAGGAUGAUGACCUUCACGGACCGUAUAACGGAGUAGAUGAUGAAACGGAGCCAGCCUUUACCAGUCCUGUCGAUCGCGCAUAUGCAAUGGACAUCCACCUUUCGUCUUAUAUCACCUAUUACUCUAUGAAAGCCGACCAUGAAGGGUAUAGGACGACCUGUGUUGGUGAUUCAGCUUUCGAGAAAUCCAGUUUGUACAAGUAUGAACAACCUGAGUUUGGGUGCUAUCGCAUCGCCGAGCUGAAUGGCCCUACACGUCCACAUGUCAAGGCGGUCAUGUACAAUAAUCUAGUCGCCACAGAUUCCACAAUCCUCUUCGGCGAGUUGAUGCCAAUUCUUCGGAUUAUGCUGACACAGCUUCGAAGACGGAAGUUCAUCCAUGAAAUGGUCUCACCGGUCCUGAUAUUCUCGCUCAUGGGGCUACAAGCCCGAGUUAUCGAGGCAUUCUUCCAGGAUCAAAAUCUGGUGCUGCGUCCGACCAAGAUGUAUGAUUUCAGCCACGGGAACUCCGACGCCUUCAAAUCACUUGCCCAGUGGUAUAUCUUGGGAGAGCCUAUCGGGGAUACAACGAAGGCUUCCUGA